CAGACGCUCUACUCGCUACGCGCGGCCAAGGUCUACCUCUAUAACCUAUUGGCAAGAAAUAGGUGUCGCGCUGUAUCCAAGGCCAGCCAGAGCUUUAGAAAAAGUGGACUAGGAAGUUUAAUAGCCAGCGCGCCUAAAAUGAAGAUCGUGCUGUAA